AUGUCACCACUUACCACUGAUACAUUGGCCCAGCCAUCUCCACCCAAAGCGUCUCCAAUCUCGGAUCUCAAGAUCGAACAGGUCCCAGAAUCAGGAACUGAGCAAAUACAAGCGACAACACCACCGUACACAACAUUCACUCGCAAUGAUAAGCGUCUUCUUACCCUCCUCCUAGGAUUUGCAACCAUCACUUCUCCACUGACGGCAACCAUUUACUUUCCCCUGCUACCCUUACUCAGAAAUCAUUUCCACACAUCUGCCCAAGCUAUUAAUAUUACCUUGACUAUCUACAUCAUCUUUCAAGCCAUAUCCCCUGCCAUAUUUGGCCCGCUAUCGGACUCUUUAGGCCGCAGACCAGUCUAUCUCCUCACUCUUGCCCUUUAUGUGAUUGGCAAUCUAGGCCUUGCAGUCAACAAACACAGCUACAUUGUUCUUCUUAUUCUUCGUGCCAUUCAAAGUCUAGGCGCCAGUGCAGCAUUUGCGGUCAGCUAUGGAGUCGUGGCUGAUGUUUGCAUACCUAGCGAAAGAGGAAGUAUGCUUGGUCCGGUAAGCAUGGCAUUGAACUUGGGUGCUUGCGUUGGACCCGUCGUUGGCGGCUGGGUGGGUUACUCGAGCGGAAGCUACGAAUGGGUCUUCUGGGCGCUGGUUAUCAUAGGAGCAAUCUUGUUGCUGAGUGUUGGCGCUUUCCUGCCCGAAACAGCAAGGAGCGUCGUAGGUGACGGUAGUAGGAAAAAGCAACGAAGUGGGUGGGAAGAAAGUGGGUACAAUAUGUUUAGACACUGGGUCCGGAGACGUAAAGAAAAUGCGAGCGGCAACGACGAGAACGAGAAACAGACUGUGAAUGAAGAUGUAACCCUCGACCGCAGCCUGCUUCAGAGAUUUCGUAUUCCGAAUCCAUGGGCUUGUCUUCGUAUGAUAUUCCACUUUGAUACUUUCUUCGUGCUGUGGAUGCAUAGUUCCUUCUAUACUGUCGACUACUCUCUCGUCGCCGCAGUUCCAGACAUAUACAAAUCGAUCUAUCAUUUCAAUGAACUCCAGAUUGGCCUGGCAUAUCUACCCCGCGGAGCAGGUAUAAUAAGUGGUGGCUACUUCGUCGGGAAAGUCAUGGACCACAAUUAUAAGUUCACAGCCAAGAAGAUAGGCUGGACAGUCAACAAGGUCUCCGGCGACGAUUUGAAUACUUUCCCGAUUGAGAGAGCAAGAUCCAGAGGCAGUCUAUGGCUUCUGAUGGUCUCUACUUCAACAUUAAUCGGCUACGGAUGGGCGGUAAGCAGUCAUGUGCAGGUGUCUGUACCUCUGAUAUUGCAGUUCAUCCAAGGUUUCUGGGGCACAUACUUCUACACUACCUACAACACCCUCCUUGUUGAUGUCUUCCCUGAGAGCCCCAGCACUGCAGCAGCAGCUGCUAGUAUUACCCGGUGCGCAAUGGCAGCGGCAGGCGUUGCAGUCUUGCAGCCGCUGCUCGACGCCGCCGGAAGAGGCUGGUAUUUCACGCUGCUAGGCUUGUGGAGUGGUGCGUGCGGAGCGGUCGCUGUGUGGCUUAUCAGGAGAAAAGGGAUGCAGUGUAGGACCAAAAGAACAAAUUUAGGCGAAUAA